AUGGCACCAGGGCUACUCUACGUUACAAUGCAGCCGAGAGACAACCUCUCCGCCGCUCAAUUCCAUGACUGGUACAACAACGAGCACGGCCCAAGCCGCCUUCGUCUCCCCUUCAUCGAGAAUGGUUUCCGCUUUCGCGCCACUGACAUCUCAAAUAAACAUGGUCUUCCCACCUUGAGCUGCCCAGCAUCAUCCCCGGAAUGGCUUGCUAUUUACGAUGUCACCGACAUGGCCGAGUUGAAACGGGAACCGUACCUGCGCCUUCGCCGUGACGACGUCAAGAGCCAGCGCGAAAAGGAGACGAUAGCGAAGAUCACGAUUGACAGACGGCUGUACGACUUUAUCGAGAGCAAGAAGGUGGAGGGCUACGUGCCACUAGACGCAUUGGUGGAGGCGGAGGUAGAGGUGAAGACCAAGAGAGUCCUUGUGGCAAUUAUCCAAACCCUGCAGCCAGAUAAGGAGAUGGAGUUCAACAAAUGGUAUCACGAAAAGCAACUUCCUCUCCUUUCCCAGGCUCCCGGGUGGCUGCGGACGCGACGAUUCGUGAGCUCCGCCGUCGAGCCCACCGCGACCAGGGAAUAUCUAUCUUUGCAUGAAUACAUGUCCCACGACGGACCUAACGGGUCCGAGUUGAAAGCCCUAAACGCCAUCCCGUGUUGCGAACAUGUUAUGGCAGACAUGGUCAAAGAUUGCUCUGGGCGCGCCUAUGAGCACUACUACACCUUCGGCCCCGCACCUCGCGAUCUAGCCUCUCUCGCCUCAGAAACUGAAGUGGGAGCAACCUCCCCCUUCACUUCCCCAGAUGGCCUUACGAAAACCCUCCCCAUAUCAUCACUGUCAUGUCCCCCUUCUUCUUCCUCCCCCACCCCCCUUCCCGCCAUCGAAUCCUACAUUACCCUUCCCGACGGCGUCACCCUCCCCUACCGCCUUGAAGGUUCCACAAACCCGCACGCCCCCCUCCUCUUCCUCAGCAACAGCAUCCUUACCAACCACCGAAUCUGGGACGAUUUCAUCACCUCCUUCUUCGGUCCCUCCCAUUCGAACACCCAAUACAGAAUCCUCCGCUACCUCACCCGCGGCCGCUCGCGACACUGCGGCCAGCAACGCAUCACUCUCGACGUGCUGGCCGCAGACAUCAUAGCCAUCCUCGACGCCCUGCGCGUGCAGCGGGCCGCGGCCCUCAUAGGCGUCAGCCUCGGCGGCGCAACGGUGCUGAACACCGCGCUACAAUACCCGGCGCGCACGGCGGCGUUUGUCGCCUGUGACACGAAUGCGAGGAGCCCGGAUGGGAAUCGACAGGCGUGGGGGGAGAGGGUUACGAUUGCGGAGGGGGAAGGGGCAGUGUCGGCGGAGAGCGGGGAAGCAAUUGUUGGAAAUCGGUUGGCGGAGGCGACGGUUCGGAGGUGGUUUGCUAGGGGGUUAGAUUGCGAUGACGGGAAGGGAGAGUGGGAAGAGAGGUUCAGGCGGGUUAAGGAUAUGGUUAGCGGGAAUAGUCUGGAGGGGUUUCGGAGGGUAGCAGAGGCGUUGUCGGAGUAUGAUCUUGUGGAGGAGAUGGGGAGGUAUGAGGGGGGCCCAGGGGCAUUUUUGGCUGGGGAGAAGGAUGGGCUGUUGCCGAAGACUAUGAGGGACAUGGUUGGGAUGAUGCGGAAGGGUUCAGCGGUGGAGUUUCUGGUGGUGGAGGGCGCGGGUCAUUUGCCGAUGGUGGAGAGGCCGGAAAGGUUUGCGGAGUUGGGAGGGCCCUAUGUUCCACACUGCUGA